CGAAUAGCACUCCAAGAUUAUCGAUAUUUCUUUAUAGGUAUAACUAUAUGGAUUUAAAUAGAUUCAAAUUGUGAGUUCGACCCAAAUAAAUGUUUUUAUGCUCUAGCUCUCUCCCCAUUCCAUAAUUAGUAAAUUAAAUUAAUCCGGAAAACGGGCCGGGUCCAAGCUAGUUAAGUUUAGGUAGCAGCAAUGGAGCAUCUACCAAAUUAUAUAGUUUGCGUUACUUUUUUUGUUUUACUUUACUUUUAGAUUUAGCUGCUCUAUUAUUUAUUAGAAGAUAAGUGAUCAUUUGGGACAGUAAUUUUGAAGUUUUAAAAGCAUAAUUCUAAAUGAAUAAAGUCUAGCAGUGGAUACAAAACUUAGUAGAGCACUCUGCCACAUUACAUUAAAAAAUUAGAUAAUGUAAAAGAAGUAUAAUAAUAGUGUUCAUUACAAUGUCAAUGGUACAUGACGAUCUUUUAACUUAGCAAAGUCAUCAAUCAUGGAGUCGUCAUCAAUACCAAUAGCAUACCCUCUUUCAAAUAAAAAUAGCUAAACAAUCAACAAGAAUAUCAUCGCUCAUUUUAUUGCGCAAAUAAGUUUUCACAUGUUUCAUUGCUCAAUAGGUUCUCCCCGUAGUAGUCGUUGAAACGUUCACGGUCAACACUAGACGAAUCAACCGACUAAUCAAUUUGUAUUGUGUGUUCAUCAAUGUUUCAACCAGCUUCUAUAGUACUUUCGGAAGGGAAGAAACCUCAUAUUUUUAAGUCUUUACGUUUUUUACCUUUAUGUUUCAUUGUUUUAUUAUUUCAAAGGAAAAUCAUUUGGGAUAGAAUUUCUAGCCACUAAUUUGAAUAUGUUCAUAUGAACUAUUUUUCUAAUUGAACAAAAUUUUAUUAUCAAAUAAUAUUGAACCGAAUACCUGAAACCAAAAAAUUCCUAAUUAUCAUACUAUCUCUAAAUUAAGAUGAGGGUUAGGACGCGACCCGAGGUGACGACCACCAGAUCCGCCACUGAUAAAGUCUAGCAAAAAUAAAGAAAUCACUCUAGCGGAUUGGUAUACAUUAAAAAGAGAAAAUGAACAAAAUCAUAAUAGGUAUUACGGGUACCCAUAUUAUUAACUAUUGUAUUUGUAUUGGGAAUAAAUCUUAAUGGGUAUUACAGGUAUCCUUAUUAUCCAAACGGGUGUUAGCGGAUAAUCCCGUGGAUACCCAAUAUUAAAAAAUAUUAAUCCCAAGUCUUAUAUCAUAAUAAAUAUUAUGAUAUUUGGAUUAGGGGUGGCUAUUUGGACCGGGACCGGAUUAAAAACCGGAAACCGGAACGUAUAACCCGGACCGAGACCGGAUCAGGACCGGAUAGUAAACAAUCCAAUCCAAUCUUUGGGCUUAGAUUUGAGGUAAAAAACCGGAUAAAGACCGGAUAUGAGAGCUCAACACCCAAAACUUAAGGGUAAUUUGCAUAAACGGUCACAAACCUUUGCACUUAGUACAAAACUUAACCAACUCCUCACCCUUUAAGGCCUUAGGCCACUCAAAUCCUACAAUCUCAAUGUAAAAUCAAGACCGAAUUGGGACCGGACCGGAUCAAAACCGGAUCAGAUCAAGACCAGACUGUAUCCAAUCCAAUCUUCGGUCCUUAUAUUUUCAAAAAGACCGGACUGGACCGGAUCAAUUUGGGCCAAUUUAACCGGACCGGACCGUAUAGCCACCCCUAAUUUGGAUACCCGUAACUCUCAGAAAACGGAACGGAUAUGUGUAUUCUCAAAUACCGGUUUGUCGUUACUCAGGAAUCUCAAUUCAACGUGUGACUUUGUGACAACGGGUCUUACUAAAUAUGGGGGCUACCUGCUAUCAAAUUCGACACUAAUGGGGCUUCGCCCCUAGCAGCAUUGUACCCCGGGAAUACCAACGAGCCUCGCUUGAAUUCGAACCUAGGAUCUGCAACUCCCAAACCUUCAUUGUCGCGAUAGUUUUACCGUUAGACUAUCUUACUUUUGGUUAUAUAUUUUCUUACGUACUGGCAUAUAUAAGCACAAAUAUUGGCUAAAUAUAUGACAAAUGCAGAGUACUAUUUAAUAUUUAUACACUAAUGAAAACUGUUUUUUUUACUGUAAUAGUGACAACUGCUUUUAAAAGACAAGAAUAGUACAGAUAUUUGUACUACAAGUACUGCACAUAUAAUUACAUAUAUAUUGUUCUCAUCCCAAUCACAAUCUCAAGGUUCUUUAAAGUAGGGGUGGCAGAUCGGUUGUCGGUUAUCGGAUAACCGCCGGUUACAACCGAUAACCGGAAACCGAUUCUUAAGCAACGCGGUCGAACGGGUUCAAGCUAAACGGUAUCCUUGAUGACGCAAUCCGCCUUCACCUCUUCCCCCAUCUCUGGAGGGGCAUGCUAAGAGAUGGUUGGAGACCCAACCCACAUUGUCCAUCACUUCUUGGGACGAUCUGGCCGACAAGUUCGUGCACAGGUACUAUCCAGCAUCGAAGACCACAAAGAUCCAGCGGGAGAUCACUCACUUCCGCCAAGAGCCUAGACCUCCAAUUUUGAGUUCUAUCCGUAAACCCCAAAUUAUAAACCCUAAUACUAAUCCUAAAUCUCUAAACUCUAAUCCUUCAAAUUAAAGUAAAUUUUUAAUAGUUUUUUGUGCAAAUUCAUGUGCAUUAUUGUUCAUCAAAUAUAAGUGAUGAUUGAGAUAUUUUGCACAUGUCAGGGAAACAUGUGUUAAUCACAUGCUUGCGAAUGAUAAGCUGCGACAAAAUUAAGCGAAUAUAUUGUCGCAGAAGUGGACAAGUAAACAUUCCAGUAAAAGCCAAAAUGCUCGAAAAUAUAUAAAGAUGCCAUAUAUAGUAGGGAUAAUUAUCACCAGAUAAGUUAACCAAGUAAUUGGAUGAUAUUUACUAAUUUGUACUAAUUUGUCGUGUUAUUCUCUGUUGGUUUCUAUAUGAAUCCUGUCUUCAAUCUUAAUAUCGGGACUCAAACAACUCCCAUUCGAAUAUGAAAAUGGAAAUUGUAUAUGUGAUUAAGAGUAUUGGUUGUGCACUUGUGCUCUUGAAUAUGUAGAUGAGAUGUAGGAUUUAUAGACCGGUAUUAAUUAAUUUUAAUAACUACCAUGAAUUCAUAAUGUAUCCAUUUCUACAAAUUGUAAGGCCUCGUUUAGUAUCGAUUUGUUGUUGUUGUGGUUGCAGUGGUGUUGUGUAAACAGAUGUACAACCACAACAGGAAAAAAAUAGAAAACACAAACCUGUUUAGUUGAUAAUCUGAAAAAUAAUGAAAGAAGACAACAAGAAACAAAAACGCGUCCAGUUACUACUAUUAGAACUAAAAACCAGAAAAGAGAGGAGGCGGCGAUGGGGGGAAAGGAUUCGCAGUCGGCGGCGGGGAAUCUAGAGGAGGUGGCGGGAGGAAAGGGAGGCGACGGGAAUCGAGAGGAGGAGGCGACAGGGGAAAAGGCAGGCGGCGGGGGGAAAGGAUUCGAAGUCGGUAGCGGGGGAAAGGGAGACGACGGGAAUCGAGAGGAGGAGGCGGCAGAGGUUGCGAGGUCGGGCGACAGGGUAAAGGGAGGCGGCGGGGCAAAGGGACGAAAUCGGCGGCAAGGGGGGAGAUGGACGAUAUCGGUGGCCUGGGUCUCGAGAGGGAGGGAGCUGUUGGGCGGCGGGUUUGGGAGAAGAUGAGGGUUGGGUUGGCCGACUAGGGUUUGGAGGUGGGUUUGUGAGUUAAAAAAAAAAGAUUUUUUUUGCUUUAGGUGGGAUUCGAAUUGAGGGUUGUUUUAAUGAAAACAAACGGGAAUCCUGUGUAAAACAUGUAGAAGAAUCAAAUCCAAAGCAAUAAAUUGUUGUUUCUCAAAUUUGGGCCCUGUUGUGCAAAUCUGAUUCACAACAAAAAAUAGAAACCCAACUAAAUAUGUUUUUUUUUCUUGGUUUCUCCAAUCUUGAAAAACACAACAGAAAACAAAAACAGGCAACAAUACUAAACUGGACCUAAGUAA